AUGACUGGACCCUCUAAUACAAUCGAUAAAGUCGCCGUUAUAGGAGCCGGAAUAAGCGGUGUUGUGACAGCAGCACAUUUGUUAAAUGCAGGCUUAGAGGUUACCGUUUUUGAAAGAAACAAGGAAGCUGGAGGUGUGUGGCUGUACGAUGAUAGACGACCUAUUGAGUCGAUAUAUCCAGCAACUAGACCUUCCGAAGCGGAACAGGCAGGGGAUUAUGAAGAAAUUCAAGAAUUUGAUCGACUUGUCCUAGAACAUGCGCCACCAGGACCGUGCUACGUUGGCCUACGGAAUAAUGUUUCGACACCGCUCAUGCGAGUUACUUUAAAUGCAUGGCCAGAUAAGACCCCAGAUUUCGUUUCUCACCGAGUAAUGAACGAAUACAUUAUUGACACUUCGCGAAAGUCUGGCGUACAUGGCGUGACUUUGUUUGGAGCCAAAGUCACCAACAUCGAGAAAGUGAAUGAACUGUCAAAAUGGCAGGUUUCGUGGACUGAACUUCGGGAAGACGAUGAAACGGGAGAGGUAAAUGAGCAGGAGAAAAAUGAUCUCUUUGACGCAGUUGUGGUUGCAUCUGGACAUUAUCAUGCGCCGCGGAUCCCGAAUAUAACAGGACUCGCAUACAUCAAACGACUAUGGCCGUUAAGAGUUCUUCAUUCAAAGGGCUACCGGAGACCCGAUGAAUACGCCGGCAAGAAUGUGCUGCUUAUCGGAGGAGGAGUAUCGUCCACCGAUAUCGCUCGAGAACUGGGACCGGUGGCCAAAAACAUCUACCAGAGUACAAGAAAUAGUCCCUACGACUUAACAGAGAAAAUGUUGCCUGACAAUGGCACACGAGUUGCGGAGAUUGAAUUUUUUGAGAUUACAAGUGCCACACGCACCGAGGAACCUCUGACAGCAGAAAGCCACCUUCCAAUCAAAGUGCACCUCAAAUCAACAGACCAAGAUUCAACAAUUGAGGAUAUCGACUAUAUAAUAGUCUGCACCGGCUAUUAUUUCACUCUCCCAUUUCUACGUAGACUCCAUGAAGAUGAUACAAAACCCACAGAAGCCAGUGAUACCGUUCUCGUCACAGAUGGAACACAAGUUCACAACCUACACAAAGAUAUUUUCUACAUACCAGACCCUACAUUAGCUUUUGUUGGAGUACCAUUCUAUACUGCAACUUUUACUCUUUUUGAGUUUCAGGCGAUUGCCGUCACAGAGAUCUUUGCUGGCAUUGCUCGGUUGCCAUCUGGUUCCAACAUGAGGGAUGAAUAUCGGGCCAAGAUUGAACAGAAAGGAGUGGGCCGUAAUUUCCACUCUCUCAAGGGCGAAGAAGAGGGUUAUGUACAGGAACUGCUUGAUUGGAUCAAUUUCUUUAGAGGCAAAGUUGGAUUACCUUUGAUUACGGGAUAUACAGAAACAUGGCAUGAAGCCAAGAAGGUGCAAAGGAAGCUUAUCGAACAGCAGUUUCAGGGUAAAUAA